CCUAAUCCCCCACAACAAAUAAAUAAAUAGUAAAUAAGAAGAGAGGAAAAGUCCCCAUCCCAACCUAAGACCCCUUUUCGUCUCCUCCUCUCUCCCCCCCUCUCUCUCGCUCUCUCUCUGGGGCUGGGGUCAGAAACAAACGCGCGCUCCACCACCCCCUUCUCCCAUGGCGUCUUCGUCCCCUCCGAUCCUCCCCACCACCGCCGCCGCCGCCGCCGGGUCCGGCGCCGCGGCGUCGUCCGCGGCGUCGCUGUCGGCGCUCCGCCUCUUCCUCGGCCGCGCCGGCGAGGCCGCGCGCCGCGCCCUCGCGCACCGGCGGCCAUGGGCGGAGCUCCUGGACCGGUCGGCCUUCGCGCGGCCCGACUCGCUCUCGGACGCGGCGUCCCGGCUCCGCCGCAACCUGGCCUACUUCCGCGUGAACUACCUCGCCCUCCUCGGCCUCUCCCUCGCCUCCUCCCUCCUCGCCCACCCCUUCUCCCUCCUCGUCCUCCUCCUCCUCGCCUCCGCCUGGUCCUUCCUCUACGUCUUCCGCCCCGCCGACGCGCCGCCGCUCGUCCUCCUCGGCCGCCCCUUCUCCCACCGCGAAACCCUAGCCGCGCUCUCCCUCCUCACCCUCCUCGUCGUCUUCCUCACCUCCGUCGGGUCCCUCAUCGUCUACGCCCUCAUGCUCGGCGGCGCCCUCGUCUGCGCCCACGGCGCCUUCCGCGUCCCCGAGGACCUCUUCCUCGACGACCAGGAUCCCGCCGCCGCCCCUGCCGGACUCCUCUCCUUCCUCGGCGGCGCCGCCGCCGCGACCUCCGCCGCCGCCUCCGCCGGAACCGCCAUCCGCGUCUGAGCCCUCCCUCCCCCUCGAGGUUCGUUAAAUUUAGGGCGUCCUCAUUACCCCUCUUACUACUUUUUGCGGGCUAGGGUUCGUAUUCUACUGCACCGAUCACAUCAUUCAUUUUAAUGGACACGAACGAUUUAAAUACGUAGAUCCUUGUACUGAAUGAUGGAUGCUAACGUGUCGAAUUCACAUCCUGUAUCGGCAUUGUUUAGAUCUGUUUAAAGAGAUUUGGUGCGAAACCCCCUUGUUCGAGUACUCAUUAUAUAGAUUUUAAUUCCUUAGUUUUUGUUUGAAUGCGGUGUGAAAUUGAUCUCAGAUUUGUCUCUCGUUAGAGUCUAUUUUCGUUCUUUUUUUUGUUGCAUUUUUGCAAAUUCGUUUAGAUCUGAUUGGCGAGAUGUGACGUUUCGUAAUUAGGGUUUUCAGAUCUGAUAGCUGGUUAUGUAGAUCUCAGGCGUUGUUAUUCGUCAUGAAUGUAUGCGAAAAAGAAAGGUUUUUUUCA